GCUCUAAAACCACCAUAGCCUAGACUUGUCUUUAUCCAAGCUGUCAUUGUCAACGUGCAAACUGUAAACAAAACGUGUUGCAAAGCCUUGAGCCUUGAGCAGAAUAGUGGCCGCAGCCCUAAAAAUUUCUAGUAAUCCCCCAUCAAAAUGUAUCUAAUGUAUUACAUAGACGACACUGGAAAGCGCGUGUAUACGCUGCAGAAAGUGGGCCCCAAAGGCGUCCCAACUGAAUCGGCCCACCCUGCUCGCUUCUCCCCAGAGGAUUCCUACUCGAAGCCGAGAAUCAUCAUUAAAACACGCUUUGGAAUAUUGAAAACGCAAACUCCUGAACCUGCAUACUAGACGAACUACCAUAUGGACUUAGGGCAACAAUAAAAAUAUUUCAAUUUUC